AGUGGCGCCUACUCGCUCUGCGGCACGAUCGGUAUCCUCAUCACGUCCAAGCUCGGCGGCUACCUCUUUGACGUCUGGACGUCGACGGCGCCCUUCUUCAUCAUGGCGAUUGUGAACGUGCUCGCAGCGGUCAUUGCCAUCUACGUCUCGAUCCAGGACAUCAAGAAGACCAAGGAAGUCAGCAACGAGGACGGCACGACGCGCACGCUGCGCCAAGUGCAGUUUGAAGAGCCCGAGCUCCGCCUCCAUUAG